AUGCCCGGUAACGCAGAAAGUCAAUCUAUUAGACUUGAAAUCAUCGGCGCAAAAAAUCUUCAAGUCCCUUCUGAGCGCAUACCCGCAGGCAUUUACGUGUCCAUCAAUGUCGACUCAAGGAGACGCUGGAAAUCAGCCAUCAGCGUCUUAUCAUCCGACGAAUCCGUAGCGUGGGGAGAUACCAUGACCCUAUCAUCUCACGAGUCACCUGCAUUAUCAAUGGAGAUUAGAGCGUCCUUUGAGCUCGAUCGAACGCUGGGCAAUGGUGAAAUCAUCGGAAAACUUCAAACAUCGUGGGAUGAGUUGCUCCAUCAUGGAGAUGAACCAUUCGAACUGUCCUUCCCUGUUCGUGGUGUCAAUCCUUCGCUCAUGCUGAAGGCCACUGUUGCACAUGCUAGCGAUAAUCAGGACGGCGCACUACUUGACUCCCUCGUAGAAUGCGAGAUUGCUCGAGAAACAGAUGCGGGUCAUGUACGAUUCUCCAGAUACAUGAGACACCAGAGGGUCUCUCACCUGAACGGUGCUGUAGAGCGUUUUCAAUUGGUUCUGGACCGCUGUCCGGUCGAUCAUCCUGACCACGCAGCGGCUCUCACCAACCUCGCGUAUGCCCGCCUUCAAGGUUACAUUCAAAAUGAUCUGCAAGACAUUGAUACCACCACUUCCCUCUUCCGCGAAGCCCUUGCAUUGCGUCCGCAGGGCCACCCAGAUCACGCAUUAUCUCUCUAUCAUCUCACUGAUGCAUUGACAUGGCGCUACGUCAAGGAGCCCACUGCCGUCUAUAUUCAUGAAUCCCUGCAGCUGUGCUACAAGCUACUGCCCGUCUGUCCAGAGGGCACCUACCUCCGUAGCAUCGGCGUAGAUAGAGAGGUCGAUUAUGUGAUUGACGAAUGCAACGAUCUUCCGAUUGAUGCAUCUGACGAAGGCAUCCACCUUCGACGAGUCGUGCUCGAGCUCUGCCCCCUGGGCCACAAAUACCGUUCCGGGGCCCUCGACAACCUUGCACAGGCAGUUGAGGCAUGCUUUGACCAGCAUGGCAGCAUUGACGAUCUAGAAGAGAGCAUACAACUUGGUCGUGAAGCCGUUUCUCUGUGCCCCGAGGGACAUUCUGACCGUGAUACCUACCUAAACAACUUGGCCUUCUCACUCCUAUCCCGCUUUGAUCACCAAGGCAAAUCUCAUGACCUCGACGAGGCCAUUUCCAUGCACGAAGGAGCGUUGCGCCUGUACCCUGUUGGGCAUGAAUUUCGUGAUUGCUCAUUGGACAAUCUAGGGGGCGCCCUCCGCAUCCGUUUCAAUGAACACGGUGACGUUGAUGAUAUCAACCGAGCUGUCAGCCUCCAUCGCGAGGCACUGACGUUGUGCCCACCCGGGCAUCCGCGUCGUGACACCACGCUUCACAACUUUGCCACUGCGCUCGACACCAGACAUGACGAAUUGCAUGUCAUCGAGGAUCUUCACGAGGCCAUUGAUCUGUAUCGCGAAUAUCUUUGGUUAAAGCAGCUUGGUGAUCCAAUGUGCCAUAGAACUCUUUGCAAUUUGAGUUCGGCGCUCUGCUCUCGUUACACGCAAACUCUGCAGCAUGAAGAUGUUGAAGAGGCUAUUAAACUAUGCCAAGAGUCAUUAGCGGUAUUGCCACAACUCCACCCUGACAGGUACUACUCAUACUUCAGUAUACGUGUGGCAUAUAUAUCUCGUUACCAGGUUCAGCACAAGCCUGCUGAUUUGUCACUCGCAAUGGAGAACUUCCGGCUGGCAUCACGACACCCUGCUCAAGGAUUUCCGAACCGUCUCCUUAAUGCAUAUUAUUGGACUGUCAAAGCGGAGCAGCAUGUUGAUGGAUCCGCACUUGAGGCUUACUCAACAUUUUUUGAGCUUCUGGAUGCUCAUUUGGGGUCACGAUCAUCAACUACCUCGCGGCGCGAAGCUGCCUCUGCCUUCCAGUAUGCCAGAUCACUACCUGUAGAUGCAGCAUCAUGUGCCAUUCGCAGUGACAAUCUCCGACGCGCAGUCGAGCUUGCGGAGCAGGGCCGUGGUCAACAGUGGUCACUGGCCUCUCGCCUGAGGAGUCCACUCGAAGACCUUCAGUCCACGAAUCCCAAGCUAGCUCACAAAUUCUCGGAGCUCAGCAAACAUCUUUCUGAAGCCCAGGGUUCCGCAGGCAGCACAGACAGAGCUACUGCUGAUCGGGCCGAAACGGAGUAUCGGAGACUUACAAGGCAAUGGGAAGCUGUGGUAGCUGAGAUACGUAAUAUUCAAGCUUUCUCGCGGUUCCUACUUCCACCUUUGUACGAAGACUUGCAAGUGGCAGCUCGCAAUGGCCCGGUCAUCAUCCUCAUUGCCAGCAAAUACUCGUGCAGCGCCAUCAUUGUCCCGACGUCAGGACAACCCCAUCAUGUUGCCUUGCCAUCUAUUGCUCUCGCAGAUCUCGAGGAUCUCAAGGAUCGGUUCGCCAGGGCAAUACCACAAGCAUCGAAGAUGGGCUUAAACCAGCCGCGCAAUGAUCUGAUUGUCCUCUUGCGGGCAGUAUGGGACGAUAUCAUGCUACCUGUCGUCAACGUACUCGAGCAUGUCCUCGAAUUAAAGCGCCAGUCUCGAAUCUGGCUGUGUCCAACUGCGGCCUUCACAUCCAUUCCUCUCCACGCAGCUCACCCAUUUCGAACAAAGCCAGAUCGCUCUGGGAAGGAGCCAUGCCUGGAGGAUCUCUACAUCUGUUCUUACACGCCGACCCUUUCGGCGCUGAUCAGGUCUAGACAGAUGAUGAAGCUUAAGAAGGAUGCUCCUCCGUCCUUUGUGGCGGUUGGGCAAGGUCAACCGGGCGGAGGGAAUGGCAAGGAGCUCUUAGCUGUCGAUAGCGAGCUCGAGCUUGUCCAUAAGCUCGUCCCCGCGACGGCCAAUCAUUGCACUGUUUCUGGCGAUGCAGCCACACGAGCAGGUGCACUCGAAGCCCUGGAACAGAACACCUGGGUGCAUCUCGCAUGUCACGGCAAGCAGGACCACAACCAGCCUUACGAUUCUCAUUUCGUCAUGAAGGACGCACCUCUCACGCUGCUCGACAUCAUGGAGAAAGAUAUUCCACACGCGGAGUUCGCGUUCUUGUCGGCGUGUCAUACCGCCGUUGGUGAUGAGGAGACGCCCGACGAAGUCAUCCAUCUCGCAGCUGGACUCCAAUUUUCAGGGUUCAAAAGCGUUAUUGGCACGCUAUGGGAGGUCGAUGACGCUGUCGCAAAGCAUGUCGUUGAAGCUUUCUAUGAGAAUAUGGUCAAGAAGUUGGGGGAUGGCGAGUUCAUGGACUGCACGAAGGCGGCUUGGGCACUGAACCGUGCUACACACGCCGUGAAGACGAAGGUGCCGCUCGAGCAGAGGAUGGUUUUCAUACAUAUUGGUGUGUAG